AUGCCUAUUCUUGCUCCAAAGUAUCACAUUCUGGCCCCAGAUCUGCCAGGCUUUGGCUUCACAGAGGUUCCCGCCGAGUUGCAGUUCAAGUACAGCUUCGAGAACAUCACGUCGACCAUUGGGUCAUUGUUGGACGCACUAGACAUCACCAGAUUCGUCGUGUAUGUCUUUGAUUACGGCGCUCCUACCGGCUUUCGCCUAGCACUCGAGCGACCCGAGGCCAUUGUCGCAGUAGUGUCGCAGAACGGCAAUGCAUAUGAAGAAGGAUUGACUCCGUUCUGGGACCCUUUGCGCAAACUCUGGGCUGCCCCAAACAGCUCUGAAGAAGAGAAGAACAUUAGGGAGACGAUUCGGAAUGCUGUCCUCACCUUCGCGGCGACAAAGGCACAGUACCUAGACGGUGAGCCCGAGGCAGACGUGAUUGAUGACCCAGCUUCAUACCAUCUCGACUGGGCGUUGAUGUCUCGGCCAGGAAACGCCGAAAUCCAGCUCGAUCUGUUCAAGGACUAUGCAAGCAACGUUGCGCUGUAUCCUCAGUUUCAAGCAUACCUCCGCAAGAGCCAGGUGCCUCUUUUGGCGGUCUGGGGAAAGAAUGAUUUCUUCUUCGCCGCUCAGGGAGCAGAAGCUUUCAAGAUAGAUGUCAUGGAUGCGACGGUCGUCUUGUUAGAUGGAGGCCAUUUCUCAUCCGAGAGCCAUGCAGACGAGAUUGGGAAAUUAAUGCUGGACUUUUUGCAACAACGCGGUAUUUGA